ACUUGUCUGAUAAUUUGUCACAGUAAAAGAUACGGAAAUAUAUUUCUCCAGACCUUAUAUACUUAAGCUUUGUUGAAAUAAGACAAGACUGAAAACGAAAGCAAAUUUGAUUUACGAUACAGAGACAUAACCAUCAUUUAUUUGAUGAUAAAGCUUCUGUGUGUCUCGACUGAAUAAUAGCAUCCUUUUGAGAACUAACCUCGGCUGAUUUUACAUACUCCUUGAACGUAACAUCAAGUUCGUAUUGCAAGAUGGAGACUCAUUUCACUCUACAUGAUGAAAGAUCCCAUCUCCUAGAGCAUGAUCUUUAUGAUAGUUUCUUCAUGGAUCAGUCCAGAACAUGGCAUCCUCAAUCAAUCAAGCAACGUCCGAAAAGCGGUCCUGGGGAUAGAUUUCCCCUGCCGCUGGUCACCCAAGUCACUCUGGGGUUCCUAGGUCUCUGGAGUCCGCACCGAAAAACGGAAUCACCGACAGCCAUCUCGUCACAUUCCGCUUGGGGGGAAGACACAUUGAGCGACAACAACUGCGGGAUCCAACAAGGAGACGACAAGGACGAUUCUUCCAAACAAUAUGUCGAUAGGAAUGACAGCAGGUACUCUUACGACAGGGAUGGUGACGGUGGAGAUCGUUCAAGGAAAACAUUGACGUUUGAUCGAAAGAAACGGUUGAUCGCUGUCAACAUUGGCGCUUUCUCGUACCUCAUAUUAUGCUGUUCCCUGAUGGCGUACAACUUCAUUAGCUACAUGAAAUUCUACUGGGGGAAGAAAGAAGACGUUCUCCAUCUCGUAUCGUACUUCACGUACCUCUUCGAGGUCAUGGUCAUACCAUUUUGGUGUUUCUACGCUCGAAUUCUCUACCUGGUUCUUGGUCAUCGCUAUCGGGAGUACUAUCCUCUCUCUCCUGCGUAUCUUUCAAAUCGCGUGGCGGUUCUGAAGGAUUCCCGCUUCGGCGCCAAAUGCCUCUCUUGGUUUCGUUUAAUUUUCUUUCUGGUGUGGCCGCUAACCAAUGUCUCACUUCGCUUUGUCAACGACUACUACUUCAAAUCUUGUCGCACCCUUACAACCUAUAAAGAAACCACCCACUGGUGCGCUUUCUUUGGAUACAUAUUCUAUGGUAGUUUUUGCUACCUCGUCUACAUUGAACGCCGAUCGUUUGAAUGUGAAGUUCAUCAGAUUGCUACUUUCGCCCGCGAGCAGGCAGCGGGUAAUAACGUUGAUCUUGUCCGCGGGAGAAUUUCACAAUUCUACAAGAAUUACAACGUGCUGCGUCGACUCAUCGGGGCGUGGAUGGCUUUCUCCAUUGUUGUGGCGACUUGGGGAAUUACUGCCCAUAUCAUUUGGAAUUACCUCAUUUUCAGCGAUAGCAAUAUCGACCCUCAAAAUAUCCCGAUGUUGAAUUUCCUCAAUGUGCUGAUCGGCUCACAGAAGAUUAUGUUCUUCGUCGUUCCAUUUUACGCAAUCGGUGGGCUCAAUCUAGAACACGUCUGGAAGCGUUUGAAGUACGAAAUUGUAAAAUGUCGACAGUACGACUAUGACGAAUACUGGACGGCCAUUAACAGAUACAUAUAUGAGAUCAAUGUCGACUACUCAGGUGACCUUACGCCAACGCUGAUCUUCAGUGCCAUCGGCUUUUACCUGGGUCAUAUCGGGAAGGAUUUCCAAGAGCAUACAAGAUGGAACUAUCCAAUGACCGACUGCCUUAAUGGAACACGUUACAAAUAGAGUCGAUGUACUGUUCCUUCGAGUGCCAGCGUGACACCAAAGCGACAGUUAGAAAAACCACUGUUCAAAUUACAAACUUAUUUAGAUAUCCACUAGCUAAUCACUAGCUAACCUAUAGCUUUACCUGGUUUUAUAUCAGACCAACACAAAACUUAAUAAAACAAGCUGCUGAUCCUGGAAUGAAUCUCUCUCGAUGUGAAAUGCUGUCAAUUCUGUAAGCCGACAUUAGAUAUUAUUGUAAAAGAAAGUCAACGUGACUUGUGUUACAAACACCAAAACCAGCACCAAUCGACGGUCAAAUCACUCAUUGUGAUGGAUUCACAUUCAAUGUUGAUAUCCAGUGAGGAAACUCUUAACAAAAAAUUCAUGACGUAACGAUAACACAAUUCCUAAUGGCACAAUUAAACCUAGGGAAUUUUGCAACCGCAGUGCAGAACGCUUUCGGGAACACAGAGAAUGCAUUAUCAAAAGCCCUUCGCGACAAUGAAGUGAUUGGAAUAGAAAUAUAAAAUGAUUAAACAAAUUUAUAGCUAAUCAUCAAAGUCAUAUGUAAAAAAAGUUAUAUUACUUGUUUUUUUCAUGAAUAACAUGCAGUUUCAUAUCAUAUACAGAUUUUGAUUUUUCUAACAAUUUGUAAGCUUUAGUUCAAGUAAUUUCAACUUACUCAGUAAAUCGUGAACGGAUGAGAAAAAACAUCGAUUUGCUUCAUGUGUAUAUUAGUACAUACUCAAAUGUAUAUUUAGUUGUGCAUGUCAUGUAGAGUAGAGUCAUUCAGAGUAGUUACAUGUCUAAUUUCAUUAGCCGUAAUACUAAAUUGUAUACAGAAACUGUUUAAAUACUUUGUGUUUAUAUUCAGUCAAACUUAAAAUGGGAUAAACAAAUUUCAGAUAUUAUAAAAAGGUGUAAAAAUCUAAAUCUCUUAAAAAAACCCUCACUAAAAUAACUGGCUACCAAAAAGGAAAAAUGUCUCAAUCUCAUUAAGAAAUGUUCCAAACUUUGCUCAAAUAAAGUGCAAAACAGAUCGUUUUAGAAAAAGUGCAAUACCAUAUUUCAUUGGUCUACUAAAUUCUGAAUAUUUUGUUACUUUCAUAGCCUUGAAAUCAACUCAAAUGUUUGCCAUUGUUUUAGUCUCCAUUUCAAUCCAAUCAAUAUUUGAAUUUUUAAUUGUCUAAUAUUCAUCACUUUUUGAUAUUGUAUAUACAUAUAUAGUUUUUUUUUCAAUUCUACUUUAUUAUAAAUCAUUACAUGUACCUGUUUAAAUUGUAAUUGUUGCUUUUACCCCUGUAUGACCUGUAAACAUUUUAUUGUAAACAUGCUAAUUUCAGCCUUUUGGUUGUAUAACAUGUAUUGUUUUUAUACGAAAUAAACCAUGAUUGAAUUG